CGCAGCCUGGAAUGUGUCGAUCUCGCGUCACGUGACCCCAGAUCCAAAAUGGCCGCGUCGGUGUUUUGACGAAUAAUACUUUUGUGUUUGUUUCAUUCUUAACUGAAAGCGAAGAUAACCCUCCCCGAUAGGAAAAAAACAGCCACGCACGUUUGAUGUUUUAAUAUAAAGAUUCAAAUUAGACAAUCACAAGCCCGUUUAUAUUUGUUUUAUGGUUCAGACUAUGCACUUUUGGUGUUUAUAAGGAAGCUAGCUGACUGGCUAGCAACAUAAUUAAGCUGAAAAUUAAAAGAAAGGCAAUGGAGCAGCUCAGUCCUGAAGAGAUCCGUAGAAGGCGACUGGCCCGGUUAGCUGGAGGGCAGACGUCACAGCCCAGCACCCCCCUCAGCACCCCUUUGACAUCCCCACAGAGAGAGACUCCUCCAGGGCCCUUGCCCGGGCCCUCCGGGGCCUCAACACAGCCUGUCCCACCAGCUCCAUCUCACACUCUGGGCCUAAAUGCCCAAAAUGUCACCCCUGCCACCUCUCCUAUGGGGGCCUCGGGGGUCGCUUACCGCAGCCAGAGCAGCGAAGGGGUCAGCUCUCUCUCCAGCUCUCCAUCUAACAGUCUGGAGACGCAGUCCCAAUACCUGUCCCGCUCCCAAAGCAUGGACAUUGACACAGCCUCCUGCGAGAAGAGCAUGUCCCAAGUAGAUGUGGACUCAGGAAUUGAGAAUAUGGAGGUGGAAGACAGUGAUCGCAGAGAGAAAAGGAACCCGGCUGAAAAGGAUUCCUUAUCCAGUUCAGCCGUCUCUGAAGAUCAGGCUUUGCACCUCAUCUGUAAGAUCUUGCGUGUCUCUUGGAAGGAGCAGGACCAUGAUGUCAUCUUCCUCCCCUCACUUGCUGCUGAAUUCCAGAAGAACCCUAGGGAUGUUUACUCUGACUUCAAAGACCUGAUCGGACAGAUUUUAAUGGAGGCUCUAAUGAUGUCCACCCGAUCACGUGACUGUAACCCAUUCGCCAGCUUGACCGCCACAUCUCAGCCAAUUACAGCUGCCAGAUCCCCGGACCGUCACCUGACUCUCAUUCCACCCUCCAGCCAGAGCGGCAGUCCCAUGAUGCCCUGCGCUGGUUCAUUCGGUGCCAGCUCUCUUUCCAGUCUUUACGGUUGUAGCCCUAACCCACUCGCUCUGAGCUCUGCCAGAAUGAGUGCUCCAUCUGUCCCACUGGCUUCUGCCACCGCCCUCCCGGUUCCCCCAAGUCCUCCUGUCUCUCGCCCUCCUACCAGCCUUCCACCUCCCUCUCCAUCCGCCCCUCUGCCCAUCUCCCAGAGAUACAGGCCCUACUCCCUUAGCUCAUCCAUCCCCAUAAGCCCAAGCCCCAGAUCUACUCCAUCUGGUAUGCUUACGCCCCCUACAACUUCAGCUAUACCCUCCAGCCCUUCCCCCAGACACCAUAGCACCCAAACCUCCAUGUCUUUCCCCAUCCUCCCCAGCUCUCCCAGUACUAUGGCCAGAAGGACUGCGCUAGCCGCCCGGAUGCCCUCUAGGUACUUUUACACCCUGUUAGAUGUGAAGUUGUAUAUUUGUAGUCUUUGUGUUUUUAUUCAGUCUAUCUGUCUGCUUCCAUUCACACACCGUGGCCACACCAGCCCUUUCUCCCUCUUCUUCGCCCUGUCCAACUUGCCUCAAGACAGCAGUGAUGAAGAGCUGGAGGAGGAAGAGGAGGAUUUUUCAAGGGUUCAGUUUGGGUCCAGCCUGGGCGCAUCCGGAGGGGGGAUGGCUGGUGACUCAGGUAGUGACCGCUUUACCAUUGAGUCCUGUAAAGAGACCGAGAUGCUCAACUACCUCAUCGAGCGUUUUGACAGUGUAGGAAUGGAAGAGAGGAAGGCCCCAAAGAUGUGCAGCCAGCCAGCUGUCAGUCAGCUGCUUAGCAACAUUCGUUCCCAGUGCAUUUCCCAUGCUGCUCUAGUACUUCAAGGUGCCCUCACACAGGCCAGGCCCCCUCUACAGCCCUCCCUGCUGGUUCCCUACAUGCUGUGCCGAAAUCUUCCAUAUGGCUUCAUCCAGGAGUUGGUGCGCAUGACUCACCAGGAGGGGGAGGUGUUUAAACAGAUCUUUGUUCCCAUUCUUCAAGGGCUUGCUUUAGCUGUAAAAGAAUGUUCUUUUGACAGUGACAACUUCAAGUUCCCUCUGAUGGCUUUGGCUGAGCUCUGUGAAAUCAAGUUUGGGAAGACUCACCCUGUAUGCAGUUUGAUCACCUCUCUGCCAUUGUGGUGUCCUGACCCUCUCAGUCCGGGGACAGGAAGAGAAAUUCAAAGACUUUCCUUCCUUGGAGCGUUCUUUAGUCUUUCAGUGUUUGCUGAGGAUGAUGCUAAAGUGGGAGACAAGUACUUCUCAGGCCCUGCCAUCACAAUGGAGAACACCCGAGUGGUCAGCCAGUCACUGCAACAUUAUCUGGAGUCUGCGAGGGGAGAUCUGUUUAAAAUCCUGCACAACAUCUUGUUAAACGGAGAGACAAGGGAAGCAGCUCUGAGCUACAUGGCAGCUCUGGUGAAUCGUAAUGUGAAGAAGGCUCAAAUGCAGACCGAUGAUAAGCUGGUGUCCACAGACGGAUUCAUGAUGAACUUUCUGUGGGUGCUGCAGCAACUCAGUAUGAAGAUCAAGCUGGACACAGUGGAUCCUCUCUACAUCUUCCACCCCAAGUGUCGGCUGAAUAUCAGCACAGAAGAGACCAGGCUCAAUGCCACGAUGGAGGACCUGAAGAGCUGGCUCUCUGAGCUGCAUGAAGACCCGUCCAAGUUCUCAGAGCCCAAGUUCCCUACAGAGUGCUUCUUCUUAACGCUACACGCACAUCAUCUGUCCAUCCUCCCGUGCUGUCGGCGCUACAUAAGGAGGCUGAAGGCCAUCAGGGAUCUGAACAGAACUGUGGAAGAGCUGAAGAACAGUGAGAACCAGUGGAAGGAUUCCCCGUUGGCAAGUCGUCAUCGAGAGAUGCUGAAGAGAUGUAAAACACAGCUGAAGAAACUGGUGCGCUCUAAAGCCUGCGCAGACGCAGGGCUCCUGGACGAGAACCUGCUGCGCAGAUGUCUGCAGUUCUUCAGUAUGGUCAUCCAGCUCAUCUUGCGUAUGGUGGAGCCUGCCUACCCACACGUAACCCUGCCUCUGAACCCAGAAAUCCCCAAAAGCUUUGCAGCACUGCCGGAGUUUUACAUUGAAGAUGUGGCCGAGUUCUUGCUUUUUAUUGUGCAGUACUUUCCACAGGCUCUUUAUGAGCCAUGCACUGAAGACAUUGUGACCUUCCUGGUGGUCUUCAUUUGCAAUCAGAAUUACAUUAAGAACCCAUACUUGAUUGCCAAGCUGGUGGAAGUGCUGUUCGUCACCAACCCUGCGGUGCAGCCGCGCACUCAGCGCUUCUUUGAGGUGAUGGAGAACCACCCACUGUCUGUCAAUCAGCUUGUGCCAGCCCUCAUGAAGUUUUACACCGAUGUGGAGCACACUGGAGCCACAAGCGAGUUCUAUGACAAGUUCACAAUCCGUUACCACAUCAGCACCAUAUUCAAAAGCCUUUGGCAAAACAUUAACCACCAAGGCACCUUCCUGGAGGAGUUCAACUCUGGCAAACAGUUUGUGCGCUACAUCAACAUGCUAAUUAACGAUACAACUUUUCUGCUGGACGAGAGUUUGGAGUCUCUGAAACGCAUCCAUGAGAUCCAGGAGGAGAUGAAGAAUAAAGAGCAGUGGGACCAGCUCCCCAGGGAGCAGCAGCAGAGCCGACAGUCCCAGCUGACUCAGGAUGAGAGAGUAUCACGAUCGUAUCUGGCUUUAGCAACAGAGACAGUGGAUAUGUUCCAUAUCCUCACCAAACAGGUCCAGAAGCCCUUCCUCAGGCCUGAACUGGGUCCUCGUCUGGCUGCCAUGUUAAAUUAUAACCUGCAGCAGCUAUGUGGGCCUAAAUGUCGAGACUUGAAGGUGGAAAACCCAGAAAAAUAUGGUUUUGAGCCAAAGAAGCUCCUGGAUCAGCUCACUGACAUUUAUCUGCAGCUGGACUGUGCCCGAUUUGCUAAAGCCAUCGCAGAUGAUCAGCGAUCAUACAGCAGGGAGCUGUUUGAGGAGGUUAUUUCAAAAAUGAGAAAAGCGGGCAUAAAAUCCACUAUUGCUGUUGAGAAAUUCAAACUGCUGUUGGAGAAGGUGGAGGAGAUAGUAGCCCGCAAUUCUCAGUCUGAGAUGGAUUACAGUGAUGCCCCAGAUGAGUUUAAAGACCCACUGAUGGACACACUCAUGAGUGAUCCCGUGCAACUUCCCUCUGGUAACAUCAUGGACCGAGCCAUCAUUCUGCGACACCUCCUGAACUCUCCCACUGACCCCUUCAACAGACAGCCUCUCACCGAGAGCAUGCUGGAACCAGUCCCAGAGCUGAAGAAGCGCAUCCAGGCCUGGAUGAGAGAGAAGCAGAGUGGCCGUGUUUGAGUGUUCUCAGUGAGCCAAGCUUGCCCCGCAGUUUAAAUGUUUUCACCACGCUGGAAGUGAAAUGAAGAGAGAGAAAGAGAAAAAAAUAUGACCGUACCUAAAUGGUUCCCCCCACCUUUAUCGAGCCACUGACUUGAAAGGCUCAAGAUUCAAAAUUGAAACAUAAUAAAGUUUAGACUUUUGAAACA